AUGCGUGGAAGUCGUGAAACAGACAUUAGAGGGGUGGAGCUUGCUGCAAAGCUUGAUGAAUUGGAACUACAUACUUUAAACAGGGGUACUGAGCCUACAUUUGAUAUCAUUAGAGGUGGGAAAAGAUUCUCGAGCUGUGUUGAUAUUACUACUUGCUCGACUAGCCUGCUCGGAAGGAUGCAUAACUGGAGACUAUCCGAUGAAAUAACUAGCUCAGACCACAGGGCAAUCUUAUUCGACAUAAAUUUGAAGAAAUCAAUAGGCACGGAUAUAAAGAGAACGACUAGGAUGUACAACACGAAGAAGGCAAAUUGGAACAAGUUUCGUGAGAAACUUGUCCAGAUUUGGAAUGACAAAAGGUUAGAUAAAGCAACAAUUGAUGGAUUAACAAAUACAGAAGAAUUAGAGGAAAGAAUUAACGAUUUCACAAAUUCAAUGACAGAAGCCUGUGAAUACAGUAUACCAAAGCUAAAUAUUAAAAAACGAGUAGGACUGCCCUGGUGGACUGAGGAGCUAACACAUCAGAAAAAGGAGGUCUCCAGGUUGAGACGCCGUAUCUCAUACGCAGCGCCAGUCCGACGUGAGUGGGUGGUCGAGCAGUACAAAAGGGCGAAAGAAGAAUAUCAGCAGGAAAUAAAGAGGGCUCAGACCACCAGUUGGAAAGACUUUUGUAGCAAGCAGGAGAGAGAGACUAUGUGGGAUAGUGUGUAUAGAGUAAUUAGCCGAACAAUGGUGCGACAGGACGAAAUCCCGCUUGUACAAGGUGUAAAGACAUUGGAAAGAGAAGAAUCAGCCAGGAUCCUGGCGGAGACUUUUUAUCCAGAGGAUCAAAACGAGGAGGACGACACGGAACACGAGUUGAUGAGAGAAGUAGCUAAUACAGUGAAUGAGGGGACACUUGAUAGUUCAAGUGACCCACCCUUUACAGCGGAGGAACUAACGUGGGCCGUGUCGAGUUUUAAUCCGAAAAAGGCGCCAGGUGACGACGGCUUUACAGCAGACAUCUGUAGAGUAGCUAUAACCGUGGAUUUAGGACUGUUCUUGGCACUGGUCAAUAAAUGUAUGGAACUCACAUACUUUCCCAAUAAAUGGAAGAAGGCGGUAGUGGUAGUGUUACGGAAACCGGGUAAAAGGGACUACACUCACCCCAGAUCUUACAGGCCGAUUGGGCUAUUGCCUGUGCUGGGCAAGGUCCUCGAAAAAAUGGUGGUCCGAAGAAUCAAGUGGCACAUCGUACCAAAGAUAAGCCGGAAACAAUAUGGGUUCAUGCCGCAGUGUAGCACCGAGGACUCCCUCUAUGAUAUGAUGCAGUUCAUAACAACCAAGCUAAAAGACAAAAAGCUCAUCUUACUGAUAUCACUAGACAUAGAGGGAGCCUUCGAUAAUGCCUGGUGGCCGGCGAUACGAUGUGGACUUGCGAAGACUGGAUGCCCAGUAAACCUAAGACGCCUGAUAGAUAGUUAUCUUAGGGACAGAAUAGUGUGCCUGAGAUAUGCGGGGGCAGAAUGGGUAAAAAAUACCACAAAGGGGUGUGUGCAGGGCUCAAUAGGGGGUCCGAUUUUUUGGAACAUAUUGUUGGACCCACUAUUGAAGGAAUUGAGUACGAAGGAGACACAUUGUCAGGCUUUUGCGGAUGAUGUAGUCCUGAUUUUCUCUGGGGACACGGUAAAACAGAUUCAGGAGCAGGCAAAUGUGACUCUUGCACAUGUCCAUAAGUGGGGAGCGAGAAAUAAGCUUAAGUUUGCGCCAGAUAAAACCAAAGCGAUGAUAAUAACAAACAAACUUAAGUACGACGCACCACUUCUGGAGAUGGGCGGGAAGAGCAUCGGCCUCUCAAGAGAAAUAAAAAUACUCGGCCUCACAGUCGAUGACGGGCUUGCCUUCGACAAACAUGUAAAAAAUGUAUGUUGUAAGGUACAGAACCUGUAUCAUCAGCUGACGAGGGCAGCAAAGAUUCAUUGGGGCCUAAACCCGGAGAUCAUCAGGACUAUAUACACUGCAGUGGUGGAGCCGAUCUUUUUGUAUGCGGCCAGUGCUUGGGUGACAGCAGUUAGCAAACAAAAAGUUAAAAAACAAAUCGAUAUGGUGUAG